UUUAGGUUCGGGCAGAUCAUCGCGCAGAUAGAGGGCGACUUCUCCCACGCCAGAAACAUUCUGAAAGACUACAAGCUGCUGUCGAACCGCGUUCUCGCCGCCAUGUUUGUCGCCGCGCUGAUAUUUGAAUCUGCUCGUUACCUGAAGUCUUACCUGGGAUCCGUUCAGUUCGAUAAUGAACGCGUCUCUAAGGAGGACGAGGCCGAAAGUAAAGGUUGUCCCACGGGCUGCAGGAUGAGCGGUCCGGAGUUCACUUCCUGCUUCCUGUCUCUGCUCGUGGUCACGUUGUAUUUCAUGGCGAUAACGUUGGUGGUCGCUCUGGAUCACGUCGUGUUUCUGAUCGUCCAGGCCGCGCUGCCGUGGAUGCUGGAGUUCCCACCGACGACGGCCAGCAUCAGUCUCGAUUAUAAGGUGAAAUGGUUCCCUCCGGCCCUCUGCCUGAUCCCAGAGCUGUGCUUCAGUCGGGAGCUCACACACUUCCACAGAGACUACAACUGGACCUUUGACCCCGAGCCCUCCCUGUGCGAGGCGUCCGUCGCCCCCCCCAGCCCAGGCGUCUCCCUGCUGCUCGGCUUCCUCUGGAUCCUCAGCUACCUCCUCGUCUUCAUCGAGGUCUACGCCCGCCGGCUGAGAAGGAACAUCUCAGGGUCCUUCUUCAGAGAGCAGGAGGAGAGGAGGAGGGAAUACCGGAGGGAGAAGGAAGUCCAAGAGGAGCAGAGAAAACAGAAACACGUCACGAAUGUUCUGGUUCGGUGA